AUGCGCUUCACUCCAUCCUCCGUCCUGAUCGCGACAACCUACUUCUCCUUCUACGCCAAAGCCCUCCCGGUGCCGAACCCGGUGGUCUCGUACCAAGUGGUCGAUGUUGGAGGCCCAACGACGACAGAAGCGCCCAGCACCCUCGUCCAAUCAGUCACCAAAUCCUCAAGCCCUCAGACAAUCACGCUAUCAUCGCCGGCUACAACUGUCACAGAGGCCCCAGUUACCGUAACGAUAUCGCCAUCAAGCGAAGCCACGACAACAGAGAGAUGGACGGUCACAAUCGGAGGCACUGAAAGGCCCGCAUACUCUGAGCCAGCAAGCUCAAGCUCUCCCCUCCCGAUACUCUCCAGCUCCUCAUGCUCUCCACUCCCGACACUCUCCAGCUCCUCAUGCUCUCCACUCCCGACACUCUCCAGCUCCUCAAGCUCUCCACCCCCGACACUCUCCAGCUCUCCAAGCUCCUCCAGCUCUGGUAUCACCUCGCCCGUAGCAGCCACCGACACCCCGACGGUCACCCAACCGGCGGCAGCAUCAUCACCAGCGCCAGCAGCGCCACCAGCUUACACAUCCAACAGCAGUCCAUUGCCGAGCUCCUUGAGGCCUGCGUUCCCAACGACCAUCUCACAAUGGAACUCGACAAUGGGUGA